CAGUUUUCUUACGUCCUCUUCUCUAGCCCCACUUUCCUCUCCCUYCUUGCGCCGUGCAGCCAGAGGAAUCUGGGACUAGACACAAAUAUUAAAAGGACAAUWAUUAAAUAGGGAACCGUGCCAGACAUGUCUCGAAUCCAAUAAUCCCUAUGCUAAAACAAACAAUACUGGAUCCUAAGUAAAUAGCACCUCRAUGCAUCUUAUAUGAGAACCAGGAGAUCUAAAACAGCUCAGUCAUCCAAUCAAAAACCAGGGAAAAUGCACCUGUCAACCAAUAAGAGAGCUGGAAUACGACCAGGAASAAUAUCAUUCAUUAAACCAACAUAGUAUCGGCAAAAUAGAAAUAUUUGUAACUUAACCGAAAUAUUUUUUGCGAACAACGUUGUGUAACUAGAAUUUUACUCUUMAUAUUAACUGAGUCAAAUCCAACUAGUGGUCUCUCAUCAAUGGUGCGUUCUGAUUGGAUGAGCUACUAGUUAUAGCCUACUAGCAGGGCCGGCUUUGAAAACCAAAACAUUAAAUUUAACUUUGAUUYAAAAUAUAUUUGCUAAAUAGAUAAUCCUUGCCUCUGGCCUGCAAAGGAGGCWACAGGCUAGAUAGACCAGAAACGGAUGCACAUUAGAACUCUACAAAGUAUUUAUAAAACAAACAACGACAGUUACUUUUACAUCCGUUGCUAUGACGACAGAAAGAUAGAAAUUAUGUAACCAAGUUCUGUGCAAAAUUAGACGUCAGCUUGCAUUGCGGACGUAAAAAGAAAAACAACCACUAAAAACCGGUAAAUCUGGUUUAAACUUUACUUGCUUUCAUUCUAGGCAUAUUAUCAUAACGGGGUCAGCCAACCAAAUAACUAUGCACUCACGUGUGUGUUCAUUUGUUCUCAUACGUUUUACCGCGAAAACAACUUUAUAUUUCGCAUUUUCAAGUGUCGUUUGAGAGGUUAAAGAAGGAAAGACAGAGGUUGUGAUUGUUUGUCCUUACCCACGAUGUCAAGCAGUAGUCCUGCCAGUAAUGGAAAUAUGCCUUUCGCCGGCAGCAACGAUGUUUUGAGUCGCGAAGAAAGAGAUAGAACCACAGACAAUCUGUUACAUGUAAUGGAGGACGCACAAACACCAUUCGUAGGACUCCAACGUAAAGUUGGUGUGAUAAGCGGAAUUUCUUUGAUAGUUGGAACUAUGAUAGGCUCUGGGAUUUUCGCCUCACCUCGAUAUGUCAUCGAAUAUUCAGGUUCAGUCGGCAUGACUAUGAUCGUAUGGACUCUGUGUGGUUUACUAGCUAUGGCGGGAGCAUUGUGCUACUCGGAGCUCGGUACGAUGAUACCUAAAUCAGGAGCUGAAUACAUCUAUAUGUAUGAAGGAUUUGGUCCKCUUCCAGGUUUCUUGUAUGCCUGGACAUCCACAAUCAUCCUCAAACCRUCUCAAGUAGCUAUCAUUUGUCUAGCAUUUGGUGCGUAUGUUAUCGAACCUUUCUAUGCAUCGUGCUCUGAUAGAGAAGAUCUUGCUCCUUUGGUGAAACUUUUGGCAGCCUUGGCAAUUGCUAUCAUCACCUUUGUAAACUGUUUCAGUGUACGAUGGGCAACUAGGAUGCAAAUCAUUUUCACGGGCUGCAAACUGCUGGCCAUUGCUAUGCUCGUGAUUACUGGACUUGUACGACUCGGACAAGGAUAUACUGCUAGUUUCGAUAACUCGUUCGCUGCUACGACCACRAGUAUUGGUAUGGUUGGCUUUGCAUUCUACAAUGGUUUAUGGGCCUACGAUGGAUGGAAUAAUCUGAACUAUGUGACCGAGGAGAUGAAAAAUCCCUACAGGGAUCUUCCACGAUCAAUUUUGAUUGGGAUUCCUCUGGUGACCAUUUGCUACGUUCUUGUUAAUAUCUCAUACUUGACUGUAUUAACACCAGACGAGGUGAAGACAUCGGGAGCUGUAGCUGUGACCCUAGCAGAUAGGAUGUAUGGUGUAAUGGCUUGGACCAUGCCUAUAUUUGUUGCCUGCUCUACGUUUGGUGCUGCUAAUGGAUCCGCUUUCUCUGGAGGAAGGUUGGUAUAUGUUGCAGCACGUGAAGGGCAUCUGCCAGAGUUUCUAGCCAUGGUUCACACCAAGCGUCACACUCCUCUCCCCGCCAUGCUGUUCAAUAGUAUYAUUGCCUGGAUUAUGUUGAUUCCAGACUCAAGUAGUUUCGAAACCCUCAUCAACUAUUUUAGCUUCGCUGCUUGGGUCUUCUACGGUUCUACGAUUGCUGCGUUGUUAUGGCUACGAUACAAGAAACCAGGCUUAGAGCGCCCUUACAAGGUUCCUCUUGUCGUUCCCAUUGUCGUUCUUCUAGCAUCUUUAUACCUCGUCGUCGCGCCAUUUUACGAGGCUCCGCUGGAAUCAUUUUACUGUCUGUUGUUUAUCCUGUCGGGAAUUCCUUUUUACCUUGCUUUUGUUUACUUCAAAUGUGUUCCUAAAUGGUUUUUGAAYGGCGUCGCCGCAGUGACGUACAAACUUCAAUUACUGUGCGACGUCUCUCUACCAGAGAGUGAAGAAGAGGUAAUUUCUACUUAAGACCCUCACGGAAUUCYUCAUCGAAAGUUGUUUCGAAUUUUUUUUAGAAAUCAAUAGAUUUGAAUGUCAUGGCUCUAUGUUAAAUAUUUUAGCUAAUUAAGCGAGUAUUUGRGAAUCAAAACAGMCCACGUCAAGAGACCAUAAUGAGUCCUUCAUGCUCUCUUGACUUCCUUCAACAUCUUACAGGGCUUCUCAAUUCUUAAGGUGCAUGUGACGUUAUAGCCGCCAUUUUUGUUGACUGACAAAUGAUUUGAUCUUGGUGUCUUUUGUCAUGUCAACAAAGAUGGCGUCUUUUGUCCUUUUACUUUCAUAGGAAGGGAUGCACAUCACCAAUAGCACGCGCGGAAUCGUACAAUUUCGGACUAGACAAAGUAGGGUAUUAGAAGACGUAAAUUAAAGCGUUUUCAUGACAUUGUCGGAAAACACAAAAUUUACAAGGACAUAUGCCUAUGGAAUGUCAUGGAAACGCCUUGAUUGACGUACACCAAAGCUGACUUCCUUGCGAAGAGGAUUCCGCGUUUGCCAUUGAGAAGCACUGUAAAAUUGACGUAUCGAAAAGUGCGUGGCUUGUAUUGAAGGAACUGGUGGUAGAUAAACGAUUAUAUCGSAAUGUAUUUUGGGUGUUAGUCAGGAUAUGUAUGCAUUAAGACAGAGCCAAUAGAUUCAGACUACAUAAUCGGUAAGCAAGAUACGAAGGAAGCCGAACGUAGUCCGAAGUGAGUUCUAGGUCAUUUGUGGUUUCUAAGUCAAGCUUAGUGAUUGAAUUGGUUCGAGUAAUUUAAAUAGAAUUUGAUUGGUUCAGAAGCCGUGCUUUAAAUAGAAUUUGAUUGGUUCAGAAGCCGUGCUUUAAAUAGAAUUUGAUUGGUUCAGAAGCCGUGCUGGUCGAUAUAACAAAAGAGAAUAGUAAGAAAAUUUUUGAUAAAUUCAAUCAAGAUGGCGGCCAUAUGAUUACGGGGAAUAAUAAGCAUAACAGCAUCAUAUAACGCACGUGUUCAGAAUUUGACCACGUGUUCAAACGUUAAAAAAAGAUAAGUAAAAAAAAUUAUUGACCACAGCUUAGUUAAAGAUCUUGAUAAGCUGGAUAUAAUUACGAAGUAUUUAUUGUAUUAAGGUAUUACCAGGCUGCGCGCAAAUACUAAUUUGAUGCAAUUCCAACUGACGCGUUCUUUUCUCAUGUUGGAUGAUAACUAAGGAUCUCCCCAUUUUCUUGAUGGGCUAUUAAAUAUAGUGGGGUUCGUGUCAGCCAUGUUGGAUGAUAACUAAGGAACUCCCCAUUUUCUUGAUGGGCUAUUGAAUAUAGUAGGGUUCAUAUCAGACAUGUUGGAUGA